GCCCAGCGCGGGGAGCCUCCGCAGCGCGGGCGGGCCGGGCCGGGGCCGGGGCCGGGGCCGCAGCCGCCCAGGGCUUACCCCUACCUUAUGAGAAGCAGCCUGGUGAAUUGGAAGGUUAAAAUACUUUGAUCUGAGGUCUGGUUUCCAUACUGAAAUUCCACACUAGCUAUGUGGCUUUAGGUCAAGAGUCAGUCAUCCUUGGAAAUACCGAUUAAGUUUGCCCAAAGUAGCUGCCAGGAGCAGGCAGAGGAACCUUCUAUGCAGAGCUCCAGGGAAAUUAGAUGACCUAGAUGAUGAGGACACUGAGGUCCAGAGACAGUACGUGACUUGCCCAGGGUCACACAGCAAGCCAGUGGUGGGAGUGGAGACAGGAAUACCCGUCUGCCAACUCUCAGGUCAUUCCUGUUGCUGCUACAUUUCCAGACCAGACUGAUGAGGGUCCCAGGCUGCAACAAAAACCUGUGGAUACAAGGAGAGAGUUGACUAUUUCUCAUUCCCUUGAGCUACACUAAAGAGAAGUCUGAACAUGGCUGAAUAUUCAGGGUACAAGGAAGUUGCCUCCAGUCGCCACCUGCGGUUUAAGCUGCAGAGUCUCGGCCGUCGCCUCGAUGAGUUGGAAGAAGCCACCAAAAGCCUGCAGAAGGCUGAGGACGAGCUCCUGGAUCUCCAGGACAAGGUGAUCCAGGCUGAGGGCAGUAACUCCAGCAUGCUGGCCGAGGUGGAGGCGCUGCGGAAACGGGUGUUGAAGAUUGAGGGGAAGGACGAGGAGAUCAAGAGAGCGGAAGACUUGUGUCAGCUGAUGAAAGAGAAGCUGGAGGAGGAGGAGAACCUGACCCGGGAGUUGAAAGCAGAGAUCGAGCGGCUCCAGAAGCGGAUGGCGGAGCUGGAGAAGCUGGAGGAAGCCUUUGGCCGGAGUAAGAGUGACUGCACCCAGCUUUGCCUGAGCCUGAAUGAGGAGCGGAAUCUGACCAAGAAGAUCUCCUCUGAGCUGGAGACCCUCAGGGUCAAGGUGAAAGAACUGGAAACUUCGGAGGACAGGCUGGACAAAACCGAGCAGAGUUUAGUGUCUGAGCUUGAGAAGCUCAAAUCGCUAACUCUGAGCUUUGUGAGCGAGAGGAAAUAUUUAAAUGACAGGGACAGAGAAAAUGAGAAAUUAAUCAAAGAAUUGACCCAGAAACUGGAGCAAAACAACAAGGUCAACCUUGCGGACCAUCCCAGGAACGCCUCCACCCUCCUGGACAGAAACGACCUCCGCAUCGAAGAUGGUAUCUCAUCUACGUUGCCCUCCAAAGAAGCGAGGAGGAAGGGCGCGCUGGACUACCGCAAGCAGGGGGAGAAUGAAACGCGGAACAAGUCGGAGAACGAAAAGAACCGGAAUCAAGAAGAUAACAAAGUUAAAGAUCUCAACCAAGAAAUCGAGAAGCUCAAAACUCAGAUCAAGCAUUAUGAGUCUCUGGAGGAGGAGCUAAAGAAAAUGCGGGCCCAGAACAGCGACCUCAAGGACAGUUACCUGAGCGAGCAGAACAAGAACAAGCUCUUGGCCAGCCAGCUGGAAGAUGUCAAGCUGCAGCUGAAGCAUCAGAAGGACCUCGAGAAUGGGGAGGUGGAGAGUGAGGAGUCUUUCCUGGUGGGCAAGGGCCGGCAGCACGAGAGACCCAAGUACCGAGGGCUGGUCAACGAGUCCCCUACAUCCAAGUACAAGUCGAGGGAACUCUCCCCCCAGCACAAAAGGGGGGAGAGACCUCGCCACAAGGAGCACACUCUCAGCAAUGAUAACGCCGCUCACAACAGCAGGCCAGCUGCCAGCUCCAGCGCUGUGAACCGGAGGGCUGGCAAGGCUUGCAGCACUGCGCUGGGCAUGGACAACAUCUCCCAAGAUGCCAAGAGACCCGAUGACAACUUUGCAGCUGGCUCUUCUCUGAGUGAAGGCAGGAGGGUCAGGGAGCAGCCGUCGGUGCUGAGCCGCUAUCCCCCGGCAGCCCAGGAGAACCGAGGACUGAAGGGAGCCUCCAAGACAGGACACGAGAAUGGGCUAAAGGGGAAGGUGGAAAAGACAUCACGGGUAUUUAAUGAUGCCAGCCACAGCGAUAGGUCCAACAGGACGGAUACCAGUGUAGCCUCAGCAGGGAGCAAGGUGCUGAGGGUGAAUCGGGUGGCAAGUUUGGAUGCCUCGUUAGAAGCUGUAUCAGCCAAGAAGAUCCUCAACCCCUCUGGCGGAAAUCAGGUAUCUUUAGGGUUGGCCGCGGAGCUGGGCACCUCUAAGGCUGGUGAUCCUUUGGCCUCAUCUCGGAGAUCAUCCUCCGAAGGGCUGUCAAAAUGCAAAAGGCCUGCUAACGGCCAGGAAGCUGAGAGCAGUCCUCCCAGUCUGAAGCCUCCAGUAUUAUCCAAGGCUUCUUAUGGUUCCAGAAGUCAGGAAGACAUCCUUCAGGGCUUUGUAGCCCUAAGCAAGGAAGAGCAAGACCAGCCUGUAUCCGUGGUGAUGGAGGACAGCAGUCAUCACGAAGCCUUGAGGUGCAGGGUCAUCAAACCUGGUGGCAGAGAGAGACUGGACCUGGAAGAUGACACGGACACAGACUCUCUUGUCACUGCCAAGUUAGUCAACACAACCAUCACUCCAGAGCCAGAGUCAAAAAGGCAGCCGAGCUCCAGAGAAACGCCGCGAUCCCGAGCAGCCCUGAGAACACCCCUGUUUGACAAUGACAGAGACGUUGGGGCAGACAUGGAACCUGUCAAACCUGUGAGAAGUGCCGCCACAGAGUUUCAAGAUGCCGCUAGCUCAGGAGUAAAAAGCCGUAGGCCCUUCAGCCCCAGGGAGGCCUUGAGGUCCAAGGCGGUCAUCAAGCCUGUCAUUAUUGAUAAGGAUGUGAAGGAGGUCAUGGGGGGAGUCGGGGCAGAGGCCGUCACUGAGAAACCAAAGCCCACCUCCAGAUCGGUGCCAAACAAAGUGACGAGCUGCAUCACCAUCUACCCCGUGGAGGUGGGCAGCCCCAGGGGGAGUGUAAGCGAAGCCCCGAGAGAGAGACACACAUCCACCAGCAAUAUCCAGGUGGUACCCAGCGAGAUGUCCUCAGUCACCAACCACAUUAGCCUGCCUUUUGAGAUCUCCAUUAACAAGAAUGAUAUCACACGGCAGAUCACAGAGGCUGAUCAAGCCGGAGACCUGUCCCCGAGGAACAGGCCAGAAACAGUGGUCUCCAGGAGCAGUAUUACUAUCAAGCCAUCAGAGCCUGUGGAGAGGAAUAGCCAAGAGCCCUCCUCAGAGACCCUCAGGUGGAAGAGCCACCGUCCCCUUUCAGAAAUGGAGUUAUCCGACACCAAACACGUUACAGUGAGGAGUGCCUGGAGGACCAGGCGGGACUUGAACUCUCUGGAAGAUCCCCUGGCCCAACGAGGCAGAAAUGUGGAUCCUCCUAACGCAUAUACGCAGAGAUCUUCCACAGAUUUCUCAGAACUGGAGCGACCCAGGCCCUCUCCCUUUGAGCAGGGCAUGCGAAGGGGGACAGGAAAUCCAGGGGAUGGCCCUGAGCCAUCUUCCCGAAGAACCCAAAGCAGCCUUACGGUGUCAGAGGUUCUCACAAGGCGUGGCCGGGCUGGUGACUCCAUCACUGCUGCUGCCUUGAGUCGCCCAGCAGGCCUGGAGGAAGCUGAAGGCAGUAAUCCCAACUCCUUUCGAUGGCAGCACAAUUGUGUGGAAAGGCCAGAGCUGCCUGCAAAGCGGCCUCCAGAGCUCGUGCGGGUUCGAGCUGAAGAACGGGUACGUCGGGCCAAGCACUCCUCCGAAGAGAAUUGAUCUGACUGGGGUGGUUCCUGCUCUGCUGGGUUGAUUUCCAAGAUUUCGAUUCUCUUCUUCCAGCAGAGGAUUCACUCCGUGGUCUGCCCCAAGGGGACUCUCUGACCACACACCCUUCAGCCACCAGCUGCAAAGCCAUCUCCCAUUCUUCUCUCCCUCUGGGCAUUCUUGACUUGGAGGUUUUCCAAGCAGAUGAUGAACGGCAGUGUGUCUGGUUGGAGGCUGCUCUGGGGGUCGCUGAGCCCAUGCCCCAGGGUGGCAUCUUGGGGAUCCGGACUCUGGGCCUGCAUCUGGGCUGGCUGUUCCCCGAGGGGCCAUCCAUCAGUGACACAUCUUAGCCAGACCUCUCCAGACACCACCUAAGAGGACACAGAAGGGCCCACGCCCCUCCAUAUUCCCUUCACCAAGCACUGGAGGCUUGGCUGGCUCAAGAGUUUGCCUGUGGGAUCCCGUGGCUGCAAGCCUCACCUUGACUUCUCAUAGCAGGGUGUCAUCCCCACCCCACUUGGGGAUGGGGGCACGGAUCCUGAGACUGUGCUAGGCCUGACCUGGCACACUCCCUUUUCCCACCCCACCCUAGUCAGGAUGAACCCCUUUCCCAUUUGUCAUCCCCUGGAGCAAUAGAUCCAGGGAGAGGCAGACACUGGUGUGCUGCCCACCCUGUCCCUGCCUUCUCCCCUGACCCCUUUCCCCUCGAGAACUGCACUUUACUGAGACAAUGCAAUCCUCCAAGGUUGGCUGGAAAGGGGAUUUCUGUGGAUUGUAGUUUCCUGUUGCCUCCAUCAGCAAAAUGAGGGGAAUAUCAUGGAGUUGGGGGUAGAGUGGGGGAGGGGAAGGACAAUUCAGAUUCAGAAUGCAGCCAAUUUUCCCAAAUUCUACAUGCAGAAUUUUUUUCCCAAUCAGAACCUUUGGUGACCAGUCACUUACUGGGCCAUUGCCCAAGUAAUUAGCUUUGUUUGGAUGCCAAACUUAGGAACAGCCAGCCAUUGACUUUAUUUGGUUUAACUUUUGCUCCCUGCUCAGGAGCCCAUCAAAGAUGGCUGGGCUCACCACAUUGGAAAGGCAUUGGUUUGGGCUUGCCAGGCUCCUAACCCCUUUCCCCCAGAAUGCUGAGCCGGGAGGAACCAGCCAAUCCAAGCCCCAAGGGCCACAGACGUUAGUUAAUAUGACUUACCCGAGGUCAUGUGGCUAGGUCAUUUCCCCUGACUCCCAAGCUGAUAAGGUUCUCUCUCUACAACCCAAUACAUCCCAUCAUAUCCUUGCUGUGGUUUGGGGUGGGGCCCCCUAAUCCUCCACUCUUUUAAUCCUCCUUUGUAAGAACUCACCCAGUGUAAGGUUGUAGUUUGGGAACCAGGCUGAUCUGAUGAUCCUUGAUUCUUUGGUGUCUGUGUUGGACCCUGGCGGGGCUCCAGGAUGCACCGACCCCUUUCUCAGGCUGUGCCUGGGAGUUCCACAUCCUGGCUGCUAUGCAGGAACCACUCUCAUACCUCCAUUUUCAUGUUUUGCCAAAUGUGGGCUUGUAUUCCUUGGGCUGUCCUACCUUUCCUCGUAGUUGCCAUACUUCCUGCCUCCUCACUGACCCAGCAGGCAGGGCCCCUUAGCUAAAGCUUCUGGUUUGAACACCUAGCAAGCUGCUUGUCCCAAAGCACUCUCCACGAAGCCACCCAAGGCUGAUCCUCCUCCGUUGGCUGGGAGCUCCAGGAGACCUGCAAGUCCUGGACCCUCUCAGGUGAUAGCUGCUGAAAGUGGAGGAAAUGGAGGCUCCCUGUUCAUGGAGACUGAGGCAGUCAGCAGUCACACAGAAAGUCUCAAGUCCAGAUUCUUAAUGGCUUUCCUCGUGUCUCCAGAUUCCAGAGCUUGAGCAAAGACUCCUGCGUGUCUUGUACAUUCUGCUAGGUGCCAACAUUGUGACUCCACCAAGCUUAAGUGGCGCUGUUCACUGCCACUGUGGAACCAAGAUGCCAUGUGGGAGAGGGGUGAACCAUGGUGCCCUCUUACUGGGACCACCAUCUUGAAACCUGAGUGCAAUAGGGUUUGAUUGUAACUAAUAUUUCAGGAUAAGUAUUUCAUGCCUCCUUCCCCCCAACUUGCACAGUUCCUAGGACCCCUGAUAGAUUUAUUUUUUAAAGUUCUUGGUGUUGCAGAAAAUACUGGGUGUAAUUGAAUAGCCAAGAGUCCGAGGCCUGGCUCUUGGGCUUGGCAGUGGCAAGGAUCCCUUAGGGUUCAGCAAAUUCCAAAGUUAAGAUGCUAUAUGCUACAUGAUGGCAUCACUCAUUGCACCUUCCUAGGAGGUAGCUGGAGGCGCCACAAGACCCAUCCCAUCCCCAAGCCUUCUCUUGGAUUGAAAGGGCUUGCAGUCCUAGGGUCCAGGGACCCAUUCGCUCAAAGUGGAAAGGGAUUUUGGCCCGGUGGAGAAGCAAGCCUUCAAACCAAACCCCCUAGACAAAGAUGACUGCUUUUCAUAAAAUAGUUUUCUUUGGCUGAGGAGUAGAGUAGAAUGGAGUGUGGAUGGGAAGCCAGUGCAUUCUAACAUCUCCAGAUGCUUCUGUAGCACACGGGAGGAAGCGGGUGGAAUUGGGGGAAACGAAGCCUGAAACUGGAUGGUGAAUCUGAGUAUUAAGCCAGCCUUCUUCCCCGUGCCUUUCCUCUGCACCCUGCACCCAGCACUCCCCUGGCCGUCGAGAUCUGUGAAGCCAGCUACAGAGAUGAAAGCCUUUUCGGAGUGGUAGAGAUGAGUCAUGGAGUGGACUUGGUGGGCUCAUGCAGUUCUCGGUGGUCACAGGAUGAAAGGAAUAAACUCUUAGGUUAAAAGGACUUUAGGGGUCACUGGGUACAGAAGCCCCUACACCUCCAGGAGAGAUUGCACACAAGCCCCUGGUCAGAUAGGCUGGGGUUGAUACUGUUCUGAGCCCCCAGUUAAGUAGCUAAGGGAGUCAGUAGCUUCUUGUGGUAGUCACCAAGAGUCAUGACGGUGGGGGAGAAGAUGUUGGUGCCUGCCACUCAGGCUGUCAGGUAAGGGUCAUCUGUGCCACCAUCCCCACUUGGAGGUUUCCAAAGGCUGCUUCAGAGCUGGUGCUUCCAGGCCUCCAGUGGUCCUCUUGAGUUCCCUCAUGGCUCUGACGGACGGCGUGGCUGUCCAUCCUGCAAUGGGAGAGGUGCUGCAUUCUCCUGCUGCUGCCUAGCAGUUCAGAACACGUAUGAAUGGAAUGUAUUUUUAAAAGAAUAAAAUAUAUUUUUUUGUAUUUUAAAAGUUGGGUGGGGUAGGGAGGUAGUCCUAUAAAGUUGUUGAGUUACAGGCAGAAAACUAACCCUUGUUGCUGUGUGUUCUGGUCCCUCCAAGUCAACCCAUUCCAGCUAACUCAGUCCGGCACCUCGCUCCAGGAGAGGCGUCGGCGGCUCCUGGACCUUCUGCUCCACCACUGUUCUUGCUCUAAGCAUGUGAGAUAGGAGGAGGCCUGGCCUGCUGCUGCUCCUGUCCCGGGGCCCCCUGCCUCAGGGGGAGGCAGAGCAGCAGCCCCAGGCCCCUCUCGGGUGCAUGUUUAGUUGAAGCCCGUUUGUCUGCAUGUAUCCCCUGGCUCUAAAGCUGUCUGUCAGCCCUACAGCACGAUAUGUAACCAAUAAAGCUCUCCAAUUUCUAUGUGCCA